AUGAGAAUCCACACAGCAGAAAAGGCUUACAAGUGUAACCAGUGUGACUUUUCUGCAGCACAGAAAUCCAAUCUGGAACAACAUCAGCUAGCUAAACACAGUGGUGAGAAACCCUACAAGUGUGGGGAGUGUUUGGACUACCAUCUGAAAGCUAAGCACACUUGUGAGAAACCCUACAUGUGUGGACAAUGUGGGUACAAGACACUAGCCAAACACACUGGUGAGAAACCCAACAUGUGUUGGGAGUGUGGUUACAAUACAGCUAACAGGUAUAACUUAUCCCAUCAUAUGAGAUCUCACACUGGGGUAAAACCCUACAAGUGUCACCAAUGUGACUACUCAGCUUUGUAUAAAUCAGGUUUGGACUACCAUCUCAAAACCAAGCAUUCUGGAGAAAAACCUUACAUGUGUGGGGAGUGUGGAUUCCAGGCAGCUGUGAAAAGUAGCUUGUCAAUGCACAUGAAAUCUCAUACAGUGGACAAGCCAUACAAAUGUGACCAAUGUGACUAUUCUACAGCAUGGAAAGCCAAUUUGGGCAAACAUCAUGAAGCUAAACACACUAGGGAGAAACCCUAUAUGUGCGAGAAAUGUGGAUACAGGACAGCUCAAAAGUCUCACUUAUCCGAGCACAUGAGAACACACAAAUCCACUUUGCAGUACCAUCUCACAAAACACACUGGAGAGAAACCCUACAUGUGUGAGAAGUGUGGAUACAGAACUGCUCAAAGGUCUAACUUAUCCCAGCACAUGAGGACUCAUACAAUAAUAAAGGCAAACAAGUGUGAGUAG